AUGUCUGCUCCAACAGGAAUCCAAACCUACAACUCAGCGCCCGUCAACUCCAACCAGGAGGAAGAAGGCACGCACGCAACAACCUCGCAGCCUGAACCCGCCACCGCAUUAGAGCCACUAGCAAGCGCACUCUCACAACCCCCAUCAGCACCCGCAACAACAACAUCAACAGUCACAGCUCCCUCCAACCCUCCAAUCUACCCAACCGCCGAGCCCAGCUCCUCAGAACUAGCACCACCCCGGCCAGGUGCCACAGCAGUGCAACCAACUCCAACAGCGACAGCCGCACCUGAAGCACCACCACCACCAACAACCUCCCUCCCUGAGACAGCAACAUCCACAACCCAGACUCCGCCCGCACCCCAACCAGGCGCUCUCCCAUCACCAUCAACAGUAUACACAGGAGCAGCAGGAGCAUCAGCUCAAUCCUCUCCAAUCCCCCCACCCCCCAAAGCCGGCGAGACCAUCUCCCAACCACCACCACAAGCAGCCCAACCAACCCAAAGCUACACACAAUCCUACUCCUACAGCGCGCCGACACUGGGUGCGCAGACUGCAUCACCCAACUCGACCUCAUCACCUUAUUCAUCCGUGUACCCGACGCAGGCGGGAUCACACGCUCGUCCGCAGACGCAGACUCUGCCGCUGCAUUACGGUGCCGGUGCUGGUGCCGGGUCUGGUGGUGGGGCGGAUAGUAUCUUCCCCGAAGAGGAGGAGGGGUUUAUGGGUGCGGCGAAGGGGUGGAUGAGGUGGUCUGGCAAUAAGUUGGCGGAGGUUGAGAAGGGGGUUUGGAAGAAAAUUAAUGAUGUUCAUGAUUAG